GGCCAGCGGAGCCUUUUACUCUGUUUCUUCAUUUGAGGAGAGGAAUACAGUACGAGUGACACCAUGAAUAAGCUGCUGGUUAUCACCGUGCUGGUUGCAAUCUUAGCUCUCAGCACCGAAAGCUUCCGUGUGCGGAGGCAGUCUGAGGAAGAGGAGGGCACCAUCACCAAGAUCACAGACACAGUCAAGUCGUACUAUGACAACACCAUCAACACCGCCAAAGGAUACCUGGAGAGCAUCAGGGGCCUGAAGCUGGAGGAGAAGGCAAAGAAUCUCUACACGGACACCACCACAGUUGUGAAAACAUACACUGGCGUCCUCCAUGACCAGAUUUACUACUUCUUUUACCCCCAGCAGUAAACAAGAACUAACUUCCAAUCACCUCAGCUACCUUUUCUGACAGCCACUUUCAAGCUUCUCACGACAAGGUCAACAUUGUCGUUUAACAUUCUGGUCGUAUCUCAACACACCCGGACCUCAAAUCAUCAAACAGCAGCUGCUCUUUGAGGCUCUUUCUUAAGCGGUAAAUGAAGAUACGCCCCCCUCCCCCAAUCCCAACCACAACCCCACCCCAGCUGGGACUGUCAUUCUUUAACAAACAAGACGGAAAGAGGAAACUAAAAUACAGAAUAACAAGCGAAUGAACACACAGCUUCUUAUCAUGGUUCAAUAAACUUCUGCAUAGGCAGAAUCAAAAACUAAAAACAAUGCAACAUUAUUGAAUGAUUCACAGCCACCGUCUGAUGGUUGUGUUUCCUCUAAUGGUCAUCUCAAGUCUGGAAAAUUUGGAUAUUUGUGACUUAUCUUGAAAUAAAUUUUUAUACAAUAAAAAACCCCGUGUCUGUGGUUGA